UCAAGUGAGCGUCCGCGCUCCGGGCGCAGUAUUCGCAGAUCUUCGUCACCUCCUUCCCUAGCCUUUUUGGCUCAAGCCGCCCAUUCUGGCCCAAGCGGUCGCCACUAGGUGUCGUCGGUAACCGCAGCGUUGGACGCUGCCAGACUUCACCGCGCCAUGGCUCGCAGAGGAUCUGCCACCACUGCCGCCACGGGCUGCCUCUUGCUCGCCUCGCUGUAUUACCUCCAUGGCAUGACGGGCUUUGUGGGCAGCACCGCCGGAAACACGGGCCGCAAGCCGACUGUGCAGACCAAUGCCGUCGACAAGGCGAUGAAGGAGCGCAUCGCGUCCGUCGCAAAGACAGGCAAGCUCACAGAGGCCAUGCGCCUCGUCGCCGCCGCCAAGGUGCGCCGCGCGCAGGCUGGCGUGGAGAAGGCCAGGCCAUUCAGCGACGAGCUGUCCUCCAUGAUCAAGGGCCUGGUCAAGAAGCUGAAGGGCAGCGGCCUGGAGUCGGAGCUGCCGAUGCUGCGCGUGCCCGAGAAGGUCAGCAACGUCGGCAUCGUUCUCAUCACCUCCGAUCGCGGCCUCUGCGGCGGCUACAACGCAAGGAUCAUGAAGAAGGCGGCUGCUCGCAUUGAGGACCUGAACAAGGAGGGUAUCGUGCCGAAGAUGAUCAUCGUCGGCAAAAAGGCAUUGUCUGGUCUGAACACCAAGCUGAAGGAGGUGAAGCUGAACUACACCGGGACUUUCAUCAGAAUGCCUGACUCCAUUACGUCCUCCGCGAUCGCUGAAAUUGGCGACGAGCUCAGGAACCUCUUCCUGUCGGGAGAGGUGGACAAGGUGGAGGUUAUCUACGCCAAGUUCAUUAACCUGCUGUUGAACGAACCGCAGGUCCGCACCGUGCUGCCGCUGAGCCCCACUGGUAUCGAGGAUCCUGACGACGAGACCUUCGCCCUUACCUCCGAGGACGGCAAAUUGUCCGUGAAGAAGGAGAAGGUGAAGAAGGUGGAUGCCAAGGAGAUCGAGUCUGACGUGAUCUUCGACCAGCCCCCAGAGGUUAUCCUGAAUUCCAUGCUGCCGCUGUACCUGAAUUCGCAGCUGCUCUCCAUGUUGUUUGACGCCCAGGCUUCCGAGCUCGGGUCCCGCAUGACCGCGAUGAAGGCGGCCACGGACAACGCAAAAGACCUCGGGGAGAGGCUCACCAUCCUCUACAACAAGAAGCGCCAGGCCGCCAUCACCCAGGAGCUCUGCGAGAUCACCGCCGGAUGCCUCUGCGUCGAGCAGAAGGGCACGCGCAGCGGAACCAUGCUGGGCGAGUUCGACAACGAGGACACCGUGGGCGCGGACUUCAUGACGGAGCUGGAGGACGGCUCCAUCCCGGAUGCUCCCUUGAGCCCGGACCUCGACAGCGACAUCAGGAUGUUCACGGGCGACACGCUCAAGUGAGCGCGCGGGCUCUAGAGCACAGGUCAGGAGGAAGGCAUGAUUGUGCGGUCAAGUGACUCCGCCUCCUUUGCCUCCGUCCUCUCCCCCACCCCCUCCAGGUUGUACCCCCGCCACCGCUCCUCUACUCCAGCCGGGGCCCCGCCGGUUAGUUCUGGGGCGAGCCACGACUCCCGCGAUUUUGCAGGGAGCGCAAGCAUUUUUCAUAAAAAGAAA